CGUCGCCACAACCAAUACCAAAACUGCGCACACGGCGGCGGCGGCAGCAGCAGCAGCCAUGUACACCAGCACCUGCUCCGCGGCGGACGAGCGCGUGUACUGCCCGGAGUGCCGCCCCGCGACGGAGGUUGUCCUGGACCACGGCACCGGCGACACCAUCUGCACCGAGUGCGCGCUCGUCCUCGACGCGCACUACAUCGACGAGGGUUCCGAGUGGCGCAACUUCGCCGACGACGGCGGCGGCGACGACCGCGACCCCAGCCGCGUCGGCACCUCUGGCGACCCCUUCCUCAACACCAAGCUCUCCACCGUCAUCGACUACACCAACAAGACCAGGAAGUCCUCCGCCACCGGCGUGGCGACAAAGGCUCCGCCGAGGAUGUCGGUGCCGGACGCGGGGGUGGCCUCCGAAAACACCCUCGUCGACGGCUUCCGCGGCAUCCCCGACAUGGCCGACCGGCUCGGCCUCGUGGCCACCAUCCGGGACCUGGCCAAGGAGACGUUCAAGAAGCUGGACGAGGCCAAGGGCUGCCCGCGCGGCCGGAAGCGGGACUCCGUCUACGCCGCCUGCCUCUACAUCGCCUGCCGCAACCUCGGCAUGCCGCGCACGUACAAGGAGCUCGCGUCCGUCACCGCCGGGGGCGUGGCCGCCAAGAAGGACGUCGGCAAGAUGACGACGCACAUCAAGAAGCUCCUCGGGGAGGAGGACGGCCAGGUGAUGGACAUCGGCGUCGUCAGCGCCACUGACUACCUGCGCCGCUUCUGCUCCCGGCUCGGCCUGGGCAACCAGGAGGUGCGCGACGCACAGGAGGCCGUGCGGAGGGUCGAGCAAGGGCUCGACGUGCGCCGCAACCCGGAGUCGGUCGCCGCCGCCAUCAGCUUCAUGGUCGUGCAGCGCGCCGGCGCCGGCAGGUCCGUCAAGGAAGUGUCCGUCGCCACCGGCGUCGCCGAGGGCACCAUCAAGGAGGUGCACAAGGACCUCACCCCGCACGCCCAGAUGCUCUUCGGCUGAGCCUGAGCGCCCACGACAUUAACGCUUCUUGAUCCUUUGCUGUUUGGCAGGUCCUUGGCACAUGCAUGCAUGCAUGUUUGCCAUGUCCACAAUUCCAAACGUGUGCUGUUCUUGGCAACUAUCUUAGUCUUGGACAUGUGAAGUUUGUGUUGGACUUCGUUUCUAAGUGCUGAAUCAUAUCAUUCGUGAAUGAAUCUGUGCUUAGUUCGUUUGAUCCGAUUAAACUCAUGAACCGAGGUCUCGGACACGGUUGCCAAGUACGCUACUUGUGAAUUAUAAUGCUCUCAUGAACUUGAGGCUAAUAAUUUCGAAGGCUCGACAUUCUUCACCGAGAUUUCACCCAAUUACAAUGAACUUUAUGUUCCGGUGAAAAAGGCGAUGACUUUUAGUCUCAAACAAAAUUCAAAUUUUGGUUGAAUCCCAUUCAGAAUGAAACCAAAAUGACCAGAUUGAAUAUUGAAAUAGGCGACUUUGCUGCAAUUUAAUCCAACAAAAUAUGAUGUCUAUUCUGGCCAGAUCAUAUGCCAAAGUACCGAAAGAUUUUUGUGUUUACACACCAACUGAAAGAAUCUGACAUGGGUUGUUGAGUCGAGGUUACUCAACCAUGUUUUUUCACGGUGGCAGGGAGGAUUCUGAAAAAUAUAAAGAGGGGGGGAGUAAUGAAAGGGCGCACGAUGAAAAAUGUUUCACUAUACCAAACAGAGUAUAUGUCCGAUUUAAUUAUUUCUGAAACAUGGUUGCUAAGUACACUAUUUUUUCGCCAAUACGGGUGGAGCGUAUCAAUGCAUUGAUAGAGGGAAACAAAGAACAGAGUUAGGGGGUUGCCAAGCCGCGUACACAAGAUGGUGUGGAAGCAAACCCAAGGAGUAGACAGGGUUGCUCGAAAAUCAAACGUAGCCCUUUGGUUCCUGCAUUAGUCCAUGCCCGUGCUUCACCCUGGAUGGAUGUCACUAGGCCGGGGAUAGAUGCCUGCUUGCUCCGAUGUUACCAAAUCAUCCACACACAGAGAGGGACAAUGGAGUCAAAUCCUUUGCGCAAACUGGGAGGGCAGGAU